AUGCCCGCCGACGUCACGAUCCCCAACGGCUCUGUGUCCUCUGCAACCGUUCCCAGCACCCCGAUCACAGCCGCUGGUGCGCCUGUCGCUCCGAGCGCUCCUCCCCCCGAAAUCGAAGCCACCCUCUCUCGACUCUCCGCGUACCGCAAUGUCCGCGGUGUCAUGAUCCUAGCUCGCGCAGGCGGAACAGGAUCGGGGAUUAUUCAGAGCACCGGCUCCGUCUUUGAGGGAGAGAGCGGACGGAAGUAUGCUGGAAGCUUGGAAGCCGUUGUCGCGGCUACGGCGGGUGCGGAGGACGAGCUGAAGCUCAUGAGGAUCCGGACUAAGCGUCACGAGCUCAUUAUUACGCCUGGUGAGCCAAUCUCUUGUACGGAUCGAGCUAACCUUCAGACGAGAAGUACACCCUUGUUGUUCUCCAAGAUCCCGGCCAGUGAUCAACCAUGGAACCCGACAAUUAGUGACAUGAAAGCCCUACUGUGCAGAAACCGAUCCGAGUACGGCCCUCAGCCUCUCGCAACUACCUUCCCAACCGAGCAGGUGACCGGAUGGGCACCCGGCUUGUAG